AAAAUGGUAUUUAUUUUAGUAAUGAUAGUGCAAACAAUGAUAUCUCAACAGCUUUAGCAGAGCUAAAUGAUAUAUUUUUUGUUGAAGAUUCAAGCUCUGAAAGUGAACUAAUUAUAUUAGACAAUGAAAUUAAAUCAGAAUCUGAUAAUGAUAAAAGCUUUAAUAGCUCUAAUAAAAUAUAUUUAAAUAGUUUCGAAUAUAUAGAUAACCCUAAUAAUUAUAUUAAAGACAAAGCUUAUGAUGACUUAAAAUUAAAACUAAUGGCUUUUCAAAAAGAUGAAAAUAUGAAAAAAGUUACUGCAACUAAUAGAAAGUACUUACAGUUCAAUUAUUGUUUUAAUAAUAGUCUUUUGGUUUGUUGUACUAUAUAUGAAGCCCUUGUUGGGGUUAAUCACAAAUAUAUUGAUACUAUAAUACAAUAUCUAAAAGAAUAUAGCCUUGAUAAACACAUUCAUAGUAAUAUAAGUAAAUCUCCAAAAAAUAUAAAUCGUGUUGAAAUAAAUUAUGAUAUAAUUUCUAUGCCUGUUAUAUUUCUUCGAACAAGUUAUAGUUAUGCCUCAGUAUAUCAUGAUUAUAUACAAGCAUUUAAAGCUGAGUAUCCAAAUGAGAUACAUAUUAUAGCUGAAUCAACUUUUACUAAAGUUUGGAAAACUUUAAUACUGUCACUUCAAUUUAUAUUACUAAAGUCUGAUUUAUGUGAAACCUGUGAAAUAAUAGAGUUAGAUAUUCAGUAUGCAAAUGAAUAUGAAAAAAAAAUUGAAAUUACUGAAAAUUAUUUAGCAUAUCUAAAUCGAGCAAAAAAAGAGCAUGAUUACUAUAAUGCUAAUAUUAAGCUUGUGAUUAAUGAUAGUACUU